UCAUGUCAUACGUCGUUUCUAAUGCGUGCGGAGUAGUUCACGGCCAUGGGUGUACUCUCACUUCUCUCGUAAAAUAGAAGUUAAACAAAAACUGUCAUUAUAAAGUCCCGUGUUAGUUUUAACCGACAGCAUGGGGAAACGAGAUAAAGGAGAUCGAGAGCGCAAGUCCAAGAAACGGUACCAUGAUGAGGAGGACGAUGAGGAAGAGGCAUCGACUGCAGGUGACACGCAGGAAGCCAUCCCUGCCGCGGCCGGGAAACAGGUGGACGAGGCCGCUGUCCAACAGGAUGAGUAUGGCGCCAAAGACUACAGACUUCAGAUGCACCUGAAGAAUGACUAUGGAUCACGUCCUCUCUGGGUGGCCCCGGAUGGACACAUCUUUCUUGAGGCUUUCUCUCCAGUCUACAAGUAUGCCCAGGACUUCCUGGUGGCCAUAGCUGAGCCUGUGUGCAGGCCGAUCCACUUACACGAGUACAAGCUGACUGCAUACUCGCUCUACGCUGCCGUUAGUGUGGGCCUACAGACCUCCGACAUCAUUGAAUACCUGGAGAAGCUCAGCAAGACGUCAGUGCCUGAUGGCAUAGUGCAGUUCAUCAAGCUUUGUACAGUGAGCUACGGCAAAGUCAAGCUGGUCCUGAAACACAACAGAUACUUUGUGGAGAGUGCCUUCCCUGAGGUGAUCCAGAGGCUGCUGCAGGAUGCAGUGGUCAAAGACUGCCGUCUGCGCACCACUGAUGGGGACGAGACUGAACUCAUCACAGAGGUCAUCUCCAGCAAAUCUGCGAUCGCCAAGUCGGUGGCGGAUAACGGGGCGUCGUCCACCUCUCAGGCCGGCGAGGCUGCGCCCUCUGUGCCAGAGGACAUCUUUAGCUACUACGAGCAGAUGGACAAGGACGAGGAGGAGGAGGAGGAGACGCAGACCGUGUCCUUCGAGAUCCGCCAGGAGAUGAUCGAGGAGCUUCAGAAGCGCUGCAUCCAGCUGGAGUACCCCCUCCUGGCGGAGUACGACUUCCGCAACGACACGGUCAACCCCGACAUCAACAUGGACCUGAAGCCCACGGCCGUGCUAAGACCCUACCAGGAGAAGAGCCUCCGCAAAAUGUUCGGCAACGGGCGCGCCCGCUCCGGUGUCAUCGUCCUGCCCUGCGGUAAGACGCCUACUGUGGGCGGUGCUAGUGUAGUGGCGGCAAUCAGGCGUGAACGUCUGGUGCUGGGAACUCAACUGCGGUCGGUGGAGCAGUGGAAGGCCCAGUUCAAGAUGUGGUCGACCAUCGACGACUCGCAGAUCUGCCGCUUCACGUCCGACGCCAAGGACAAGCCCAUCGGCUGCUCGGUGGCCAUCAGCACCUACUCCAUGCUGGGCCACACCACCAAGCGAUCCUGGGAAGCCGAGAGGGUCAUGGAGUGGAUGAAGAGCCAGGAGUGGGGUCUCAUCAUCCUCGACGAGGUGCACACCAUCCCUGGUGGCACACCGCUUGACGAUGUCCCUGGCCGUUGCUGUGAACUUUGGGGCCCACCAGACCUGUAUGAAUCUGUUCCUCAUUUUUUCCACUCCCACGUGUCCAAGCGAAUGAAUUUGCGUCGCCAGCUCAAUAGUGUCAGAGAUGUCCACUGCACUUCCAGAAGCCUCCACCAUGGCAGGUGGCGCUGCUGGGUCCAAGCCGUGCAGUGUCGGAUAGAGGCGGGUGCUGUGCUGCCCUCCACGCCCCCCUUCCCCAUGAUGGGGGCGGUGCGUGGGUGUGUGCGUGUGUGUGUGUGCGUGCCGCUGAAGGUGUGGUGCCCGAUGUCUCCUGAGUUCUACCGGGAGUACGUGGCCAUCAAGACGAAGAAGCGCAUCCUCCUCUAUACCAUGAACCCCAACAAGUUCCGCGCCUGCCAGUUCCUCAUUCGCUUCCACGAGCGCCGCAACGACAAGAUCAUUGUUUUCGCCGACAACGUGUUCGCGCUCAAGGAAUACGCCAUUCGCCUUAACAAACCUUACAUCUAUGGACCCACGUCGCAAGGGGAGCGCAUGCAGAUUCUACAGAACUUCAAACACAAUCCCAAGAUCAACACCAUCUUUAUCUCCAAGGUGGGUGACACCUCCUUUGACUUGCCCGAAGCGAAUGUUCUCAUCCAGAUCUCGUCUCACGGCGGCUCCCGGAGACAGGAAGCGCAGAGACUCGGCAGAGUCCUCCGUGCCAAGAAGGGGAUGGUGGCUGAGGAGUACAACGCCUACUUCUACUCACUGGUGUCCCAGGACACUCAGGAGAUGGCUUACUCCACCAAGAGACAGCGCUUCCUCGUCGACCAGGGCUACAGCUUCAAGGUGAUCACUAAGAUGGCGGGCAUGGAGGAGGAGGAGCUGAUGUUCUCCACGCGUGACGAGCAGCAGCUGCUCCUGCAGAAGGUCAUCGCCGCCUCCGACCUGGACGCUGAGGACGAGGUGGUCAGCGGAGAGAUGGGCAUCGGGAGGCCUCAGUUCUCGCGGCGGCCAGGUAUGAUGAGCUCCAUGUCUGGGGCAGAUGACGCCGUCUACAUGGAGUACCACUCUGGCAGGGGCAGCAGAGCUGCAGCUGCAGGGAAACACCUGCACCCUCUCUUCAAGCGCUUCCGGCACAAGUAGCCCCUCAGAACCCGCAAACUGCCCCAUGCAUGUCCCCAAGGGGUGAAGAUAGACCCUCCCUGUUCCAGGCCUAUACACCCCCACACACACACACACACACACACACACCCCAUGGCUUCACGGGUGGUGCAGAGGAAAGGGCUGAAGGGGAAUUACCUGACACAAGGAACCCGAGUUUGUUUGAAUGCGAAGGCGACAGGUGAACUCACCUGUGUGUAGAGACUCCGAUCAGACAGGAGCGCUGGCCUCACCUCGGCCUCCCCUAGAGGAUGUUUAUCAUUGUGAAGAGACUUUUCAUUGCAUAUUGUUUGCUGAGUCAUAAGGUCUCCUUUUUUGCAAACAUUUUCGUUUUGUUAUUAAAUGAUUUGUGUGUGUUUAUGUUGGGAGAAUGCUGAACAUGAACAUGCUAAACAUAUUCUGUUGUGUUUUCUUUGGCAUUACAUUUCAUUCCAGUAAUUCAGUUAUUCACUGCAGUAAUUUACAGCAUUGAAAUGGAGUAAUAAAAAUAUUAAUAAAUAAAAGUAUUUUUGUCACAGUC